AUGGUGAUGCCAGUGUGGUCUUUGGCAUUGAGCAGACAAGCAAUUACCAGCUUGACCAGGGUACUAGAUGCUCAGGUGUUCUCACUUCUCAUAACCCGAGCAGGAGCUGAAGUCGAGCACUAUCUUGAUGUGCUUGGGGUGUUCCUAGCAAUAACCUGUAGAAUCUUUAAGAAAGAUCUCCAGUUACCUGAUGUCAAACCUAAGGAUCAUGAAUGGAAUCGCUGA